AAAAUUAAAAAAAAUUUUUUUUUUUUUUUUUGUAAUUAUUAGAGAAAAAUUUAUAAUAUAAGAAAUGGUUUGCAUAGAAGUGGACCAUUAAUCGCAGUCAACAUUAAAAGAAAAUGGUUGCUAUGAGGACGUUGUUCCAACAAACAUCGUUUCAAAAGUCCUUCAUAAAAUGUUGUUAUUGUUAUUAUACUAUUUAUUCAUUUCAAUAUUUAGUGGUAGUAUUACUCUUAUUUAUUUCAUUACUACCACAACAAAACGUCAACGCUUUAGAUUUAGCAACAUGCAAAACUCCUUUGGGUAUGGAAUCUGGUGCUAUAGCUGACUUUCAAAUUACUGCCAGUUCAGCACAUGACAUGGGAAAUGUUGGGCCACAACAUGCAAGAUUAAAAAUCGAUAAUAAUGGUGGUGCUUGGUGUCCUAAACAUAUGGUAUCACGAGGUCUUAAAGAAUUUUUACAAGUUGAUUUAUUACAAGUUCAUGUUAUCACUGCCAUACGUACACAAGGACGUUUUGGUAAAGGUCAAGGUCAAGAAUAUACUGAAGCAUAUGUUUUAGAAUAUUGGAGGCCAGGUUUCACAAAAUGGUUAAGAUGGAAGAAUAUUCAAGGGAAAGAGGUCCUCACAGGAAACAUAAAUACUUAUAGCGAGAUUGAAAAUACUUUACAGCCCAUCAUUUUUGCAUCGAAAAUUCGUAUUUAUCCUUAUAGCCAAUAUGAUAGAACGGUGUGUUUACGAGCUGAGAUUGUUGGAUGCCCAUGGGAAGAAGGAAUCGUUUCCUAUAGCAUACCAAAAGGUGUUCAACGUGGUAUGGAAAUUGACUUAUCAGAUAAAACAUAUGAUGGACAAGAGGAGAAUGAUAGAUAUGUUGAUGGUUUGGGUCAAUUAGUUGAUGGUCAAAAAGGAAAAGAUAAUUUUCGUACCGAUAUUCAUGGCUUUGGUAAAGGUUACGAAUGGGUUGGAUGGAGAAAUGAUACGCCUAGUUUAGCUGGUAAACCAGUUGAAAUAACAUUCGAAUUUGAUACAGUAAGAAAUUUCAGUGCAAUUAUUUUACAUACAAAUAACAUGUUUUCAAAGGAUGUACAGGUUUUUGUUCAUGCAAAAGUUUUCUUUAGUAUUGGCGGUAAACAUUUUAUUGGUGAACCAGUUCAAUUCUCUUAUAUGCCAGAUACAAUAUUAGAUCAUGCUAGAGAUGUUACAAUUAAAUUACAUCAUCGUAUAGGUCGUUAUUUACAAAUUCAUUUAUAUUUUGCAUUGCGUUGGAUAAUGCUUAGUGAAAUUUCAUUUAUUUCUGUACCUGUUUCUGGAAAUUUCACUGAUGAAGAGAUUAGUGGGAAUUCAUUGCCACAUGAAACACCUGAAUAUCCAUUACAAAGAGAUGAAGUUCAAACAAAUCCAACAAAAGGUGAACGAAGUCACAUUCCACAAAUUAUAUCACCAAAACCGAUUGAUCAAGAACCAGAAAGUAGUUUUGUUGGUGUUAUAAUAGCUGCUUUAACAACAAUUAUUUUAUUAUUAGUAGCUAUUAUAUUAUUUAUAAUAGCAAAAAAUCGUCGUGCACGUGGUAGUAAUGUUUUAGAUGCAUUUCAACAUAAUUUUAAUUCGGACGGACUCGGAGUGGAUAAGCGAAUUAAUAGUAACAUGAAGGUAAAAUUAGCAUACAAUGAAAAGAAUCUGGUGUUUAAAAAAGAUGUAACUAUGGAUGAUAAUGAAUCAAUUGAUAAAAGCAGUUUAUAUCAUGAACCAUUUAACGUUAAUAUGUAUACAAGUGCAGCAAGUGGAUGCUCUUUAAAUGAUUUACAACGUCAUCAUGUGACACCAGAUUAUACUGAUGUUCCUGAUAUUGUUUGUCAAGAGUAUGCUGUACCACAUAUGCAAGAUUUAAUACCAAAAAUUCCUGGCGGAUAUGUAAGUGUACGUAUGACACCAUCACCAUUAAGUAGUGUAUUUCCAAAACCACCGCCAGUACCACCACCACCAUCAGAAAAAUAUUAUGCAGCAACAGCAAUAUGUAAAGCACCAGCACCAUCAACAUUGCCAUUACAACCGACAACAACAGCAACAUCAGGCGUAUCAUCAUCAUCAAUAGGAACAACAACAAAUUUACAUCAACAAAAUAAUAUUAAUAAUAAUAACAGUAAUAGUAAUAAUAAUAAUAAUAAUAAUAUUAAUAUAAAUAAUACAACAAUACAACAAGGAACAACAAAUUCAAUACAAUCAAAUAUAGCAUUAUCAUCAGUAGCAUUAUCAUCAUCAAAUCAUAUUAAUAAUUCAUAUAGCGAUGCUGAUAUUGCAUCAUCAAAUGAUGAAGAUAACUUAAUUCAAUUGCAAGAGUUCCCGAGGCAAUCUUUAGUUAUUGUUGAAAAAUUGGGCUGUGGUAUGUUUGGUGAAUUACAUCUUUGUGAAACAAAAGGAUUAAGCUCAAAUCUUGUUGCUGUUGCAACAUUACGUCCUGGUGCACCAGAUUUAAUGCGAAAAGAAUUUCGUUCAAAAGCAAAACAAUUAGCUCGUCUUAAUGAUCCAAAUGUAUCAAAAAUGUUAGGUUGUUGUCUAAGAGAUGAACCAAUAUGUAUUGUUUUAGAUUAUUCAAAUUGCCAAGGUGAUUUAAAUCAAUUCUUAUUAGAGCAUAUCGCUGAGACUGGCCCAAUAGGAGCACAAAGUAAAACUUUAAGUUACGGGUGUUUAGUUUACAUAGCAACACAAAUAGCUUCAGGAAUGAAACAUCUAGAACAAAUGAAUUUUGUACAUCGAGACCUUGCAGCAAGAAGUUGCAUAAUUGGACCACAACUUGAGGUCAAAGUUUGUUCAAUUGGAACUGUGAUAAAUCGUGCUGCAUAUUCUGCAGAUUAUUGCCAACUAGAAGGUACAGGAAGACAAUCCCUACCAAUGCCAAUUAGAUGGAUGGCAUGGGAAAGUGUUUUAUUGGGUAAAUAUACAUCAAAAUCAGAUGUUUGGUCAUUUGCUGUUACAUUAUGGGAAAUAUUAACAUUUGCAAGAGAACAACCAUAUGAAAAUUUAUCUGAUGAAAAAGUUAUUGAAAAUAUAGGACAUUUUUAUCAAGAUGACAAAAAACAUGUGCUACUACCAAUGCCAUUAAAUUGCCCACGUGAAAUUUAUGAUUUAAUGUGUGAAUGUUGGCAAAGAAAUGAACAAAAUCGUCCAAACUUUCGUGAAAUACAUUUAUUUUUGCAACGAAAAAAUUUGGGUUUUCAACCAAUUAUUGGUAAUAAUAUUAAUAAUGGUAUAACAUCAUCAUCAUCUAUUUAUUGACUACCACAUCACUCUUCAAUAUCCCAUUUAAAUGAUCAUAAUAAUAUAACAACAUACCAUAAUAAAAGUACUACAUGUAUAUAAAUUUUAUAAUUAUGUAUUAAAAAAAAUUCAUCAGAUUUUAUUUUUUUAAUAUUAAUAAUAAUGAGAAAAUACAGCAAAAAAAAGGAAAUUUUUAAUGUUUUGUUUAAUAAUAUAACAUAAUAUAUAAGUAUACAUAUAAUGUAAAUGUAGGUAAAGUAUGCAUAUAAUACCGAAAAAAAACAAUUUCAUUAAAGUGCAAAUAUAAAUUUUUAUAUUUAUAUUAUAUAAUAAACACCAUUUUGCAUAAAAUUUAAAAAAAAAUCAUUCCAUCAAUGUUGUGUCAUUACCAGAAUAAAAUGCAUUAUAAAAUU